AGCCAUCUCACCUCUGCUGGGAUUUAGCUUGAACAUCUGGAUCCAUCAUUCUGUUGGACCACUGUGUUAAAAUAGGUGAUUAAUCUUUGAUACUCUUAUUGAUUCACAAGGAGCACAGCUUACUGAAGCACUGAUGAUGGGUGUGUGGGCAGGAGCAGCGGCUCUGUUUCUGGUGCUGCAACAGCUGGUGCUCACUGUCACAGCUCAAGGCAUUGUCUUCGACCUGCUGGAUUCUCCAGACUGCCUGCCAGACUUGCUCCAAGGAAGCCUGAAGAACAAAGGGCGAGAUGAGGCUUUCCUCCUCUCUUCCUUCAGGCUGCACAACAAGGGCCCCACCUCUCUCUUCAGUGUCAUCAACCCCAAAGACAACACCAAGUACCUGGAGCUCAGCUUGCUGGCCAAACUGAGCAAGGUCACCAUUCGUUACCAGAAGACUGAUGGCAGAUUUGCCACAACCAGUUUCAACCACGGCUCCCUGGCAGAUGGCCAAGAUCACCAUGUGAUGCUACAUGCCAGCGGUCUACAGCGUGGUCCACAUCGCCUCAACAUCUAUAUAGACUGUAGACUGGUACACACUGUAGAUGAUCUACCAGCUGCAUUUGGGUCACUCCCACCUGGUCCCAACAAAGUGGCACUUAGGACCCUGCCAUCGAGUGGACAGGAUGAACUGACAGACUUGAAGCUGGUGAUAGACGACACCAUAGACAAUGUGGCCACUCUGCAGGACUGUAGCAGGGAUCAUGGUGAAUCUCUGCAGCUGCUGGGUAUCCAGGGAGGCAGGACCAUACAUGACCAGGCCACCAUAACAGAGCUGAAGACCAUGUUAUCUGAGAUGAAGGAGCUGCUCAACAAGCAGAUUAAAGAGACAGCAUUUCUGAGGAAUACCAUUGCAGAGUGUCUUGUCUGUGGUCUCAGGGGCAGUCCAACCACCCCAGGUCCAGCUCCAAGUCCUGGCCAGGUUCUCAUGCAGCCUCAGCCUCUGACUCAGUGCCCACAUGGGACCUGUUUCAGACGGAACAUGUGCAUCCGUACGGAGUCAGGUUUCCAGUGUGCCCCCUGUCCAGAUGGAUAUACAGGGGAUGGAGUACGGUGUGACGAUGUAGAUGAGUGCCAGUUUAACCCAUGUUUCCCUGGUGUCCGGUGUAUUAACACUGCUCCUGGUUUUCGCUGUGGGCAAUGCCCAAUGGGAUACACUGGACCAGAGCUAACUGGAGUGGGAGUGAACUAUGCUAAGUCACACAAACAGGUGUGUGAGGAUAUAGAUGAGUGUGUGGGCCCGCCGGAGAAUGGAGGUUGCACUGCCAACUCAAACUGCUACAACACUAUAGGAUCCUUCCGCUGUGGAGAGUGUAAAACUGGUUUUACAGGUGACCAGGUGAGAGGCUGCCAUGGUUCCAGGCUUUGCCCCAAUGGUCAACCCAACCCCUGUGACCUCAAUGCUGAGUGUAUCGUGGGUAGAGAUGGCAGCAUUAGCUGUGCGUGUGGUGUUGGUUGGGCAGGUAAUGGCUAUGUGUGUGGAAAGGACACAGAUAUUGACGCAUAUCCUGACAACAAGCUCCUGUGCAGAGACAACAACUGUAAGCAGGAUAACUGUGUGUUUGUGCCAAACUCUGGCCAAGAGGAUGCAGACAGGGACGGGCUGGGUGACUCCUGUGACGAUGAUGCAGACAGUGAUGGCAUUAUUAAUAUAGAUGACAACUGCUGGCUCAUUCCUAAUGUGGACCAAAGGAACAGCGAUAAGGAUCUCCAUGGCGAUGCCUGUGACAACUGCAGAACAGUCGAAAACCCCUCACAGAGAGAUACCGAUCAGGAUGGGCUGGGAGACGAGUGUGAUGAUGAUAUGGAUGGGGAUAACUUGAAGAAUAUUCUUGACAACUGUCAGCGAGUCCCUAACCCAGACCAAAAAGACAGAGACAACGAUGGGGUGGGAGAUGCCUGUGACAGCUGUCCUGAUAUGGUCAACCCGAACCAGUCUGACUCAGAUCAUGAUCUUGUAGGAGAUACCUGUGACGACAACAUAGACAGUGAUGGUGAUGGCCACCAGAACACAAAGGACAACUGUCCCACAGUCAUCAACUCCGCUCAGCUGGACACUGACAAGGAUGGAAUGGGGGAUGAAUGUGACGAUGACGACGAUAAUGACGGCAUACUGGAUGAUUAUGACAACUGCAGGCUAGUUGUUAACCCAGACCAAAAGGACACAGACAAGAACGGAGUUGGAGACGCAUGCGAAGGGGACUUUGACAAAGACAAUGUGGUUGACAUAAUCGACCACUGCCCAGAGAACGCUGAGAUCACCCUGACAGACUUCAGAGCCUAUCAGACCGUGGUGCUGGACCCAGAGGGUGACUCUCAGAUUGACCCCAACUGGGUGGUCCUCAAUCAGGGCAUGGAAAUAGUUCAGACCAUGAACUCUGACCCUGGCCUUGCUGUAGGUUACACAGCGUUCAGUGGGGUUGACUUUGAAGGAACCUUCCAUGUGAACACGAUGACAGAUGAUGACUACGCUGGCUUCAUCUUCGGCUACCAGGACUCCUCCUCCUUCUACGUGGUGAUGUGGAAACAGACGGAACAAACAUACUGGCAGGCUGCGCCCUUCAGAGCUGUUGCUGAGCCAGGAAUACAGCUCAAGGCUGUGAAGUCUAAGACGGGUCCUGGUGAGUAUCUGAGGAACUCCCUCUGGCACACAGGAGACACCGCCGAGCAGGUUCGUCUUCUGUGGAAGGACCCCAGGAACGUUGGCUGGAAGGACAAGGUCUCCUACCGCUGGUUCCUCCAGCACAGACCACAGGUUGGAUACAUCAGGGCCCGCUUCUUUGAGGGUUCGGACCUGGUGGCAGACACAGAGGUGAUAAUUGACACCAGCAUGAGAGGCGGGAGACUGGGCGUGUUCUGCUUCUCUCAGGAAAAUAUAAUCUGGUCCAAUCUGAAGUACCGUUGCAACGACACUAUUCCUGCUGACUACCAGGAUCUCAAUGCCCAGAACACACAGUGAGGCCAGAGGAGAGUGAUACAUCAAAGAAACAUUGGAUAUGGGAAUGAAAGGGGCAGAGCUGCACUGCUGAGAAUGAAGAGGUAGAGGACAUGAGUUAGAGAAAGAAAGAUCAAUGUGUGAGGGACCACGGUGGACAGUUUUGGUGAAAAACUUGGGUGGUUGAAUUUUAUCAUUCAAGCAAGAGGGUCUUAGUAAAGCAUAAAAUUGGGCAUUAUAUACUUUAACUCAGUUUAACUGAAGCCAGUACAAUCUUGUGUAAAUCAUCAGCAGGCUCUGUGUAUGUCGAAGUAGCAUCAUCUGCGAUUUCAUCAGUACUAUAUGAGUGCUUUUUAAGAUGCAAUACUGUUUUUGAAUAUAUUGUACAAGUACAAUAAAAUCCUGAGCAUUCCACAAAAUCAAA